UCUGUUCCUUCAGUCCAAGUAAGUAUGCCUUAACUGUCACUGAAACCUUGCUGUCGAAUAAGAUACAGAUCAUAAAGUUUUUCCGCAGUGAUUUGAAUCAACAUAGUUUCCUACCAGAACGUCAAGAUGUCUCUUAAUCUGCAGUAUGAAAGCAUUGGUAAGAAUUUUGUACAACAAUACUACGCCAUGUUCGAUGAUCCGGCAAAUCGUGCCAAUAUGGGUAACUUUUACAAUCCAACCGAUUCAUUUAUGACAUUUGAGGGCCAUCAAAUACAAGGAGCCGCCAAGAUUUUAGAGAAAGUUCAGAGCUUGAGGUUUCAGAAGAUUAGACAUAUUGUGACCACAGUGGAUUCGCAGCCAACCCUUGAUGGAGGUGUCCUUAUAAAUGUCCUGGGAAGACUCCAGUGCGAUGAGGAUCCACCACAUGCCUUUUCUCAGGUGUUUGUGCUAAAAGCCAAUGCCGGCAGUUACUUUGUGGGUCACGAAAUCUUUCGACUUAACAUUCACGAUUCUGCCCAAGUAUUCUGAUGACAAAAAUAAUAUUUAUAUAUGAUUUAUCUACACAAUAUUCAAGCCGUACUGGAAAUGUUCCUGAAGCCUUAAGAUUAAAUGAAUAUUUUGAAGUGCUUUCUCGGAUUUUGGAUUCGCCACUCUCCACUGGGUCAGCAUAGAAUUCCCCCCAAACAUUCCUCCAAGUCAUCGUUACUAAGCCUCAAAAUCCAAAUUUCUUACGAAUUUAUUCAUUCAUUUCUGUAAAACUUCAAAUUAUU